CUCUCGUUCGCUUCCAGUGGGUCAAAUUCUCACGCAGAGACUAAUUUAGAUUUCCACGCUCCAGCGAUCAAAGCAACCCGUUCUAAUAGAACUGGGGAAUCCGGCAUAACAACGUUGAACGGCUGUUAAGUUCUCGGUUUUGUUUUGUGACUGAUCACGUGUUUUAUUUGAUUUUCGUGGUGUAAUUUUCGUGUGUGUGUUUUUUUACUAUUAUAAUCUGUAGCAAUGGCUGUGAACGUUUACUCUACUAGUGUUACAACCGAAAAUCUCUCCCGAAAGGAGAUGCUGGCCUGGGUAAAUCGCACAUUGACGUCGGAGUUUAACAAGAUCGAGGAACUCUGCACUGGUGCCGCCUACUGCCAAAUGAUGGAUAUCCUCUUCCCGGGCUGCGUUCCGCUGCGUCGCAUCAAGUACUGCACCAACCUGGAGCACGACUUCAUCAACAACCUCAAGCUGUUCCAGAACGCGCUGGUCACGAUGAAGGUCGAGAAAUCAGUCCCUAUCGAUCGGCUGGUGAAAGGACGCUUCCAGGAUAACUUCGAGUUUCUGCAGUGGUUCAAAAAGUUCUUCGACGCGAACUACGACGGGAAGGAAUACGACGCGCAGGGUGCUAGGUCCAACGUUCCGAUGCGAUACGGAACGCCGAAGGCCGGUGGCAUGAUGAAGAAGGCCUCUAGCGGAGGCGUCGGGCCGCUGGGUGCUGCGCCUAAGGCUCGGCCGUUGGAGAAGAAAUCAACCCCUAUCACUACCUCGUUAAUGGGGAAGAAUGCCAAGAAUGAUGAGGCGAACAACGAUUUGCUGGAGCACUUGAACACUCUCAUGCAGGAAAAGGAUGAUGUGGCCACGAAGAUUCAGUUGGUAGAAACGGAGCGUGAUUAUUAUUACCACAAGCUGACGGAGAUCGAAGCGCUAACUGCGGAAGAGGAACUCGAGGAGAACCAACAGUUGUGUGAGCGCAUCAAAGAGAUCAUGUAUGCCGAGGGUUAGAGCCUAAGCUGGCGCUCUUCUGCUUAAGUCAACAAUAACAUUAUGAGUGAGUGGAUUGUGAUACCGGUGCUAUCGGUGUAUGAACGCAACAGACUUUAUCAUUUUUGUAUUUAUUAUUAUUCAUCUCUUUCAAUAAAAUAUUUUCCAAUAAGUUUAAAUGGACUUUAAAGAACUAGAAUGUUUUCCUCUGGGGAAGCUACAGUACCUACACGAACACUUGCCAUUGUUAUUGGGGCAUGCUUUCGCUCACUAAACACACACAUAAUUUUGGAAUGCUUGAUAUAAUAUUUCGAUGGCGAAACAAAGCCGCAUUAUUCAAACUUGCUUCUGUUCGAAACUAACAAAACCGUAUACUUUGCCGUGUUUUUUCUUUCAGUGAGUU